GCAAACUAAGGCGAAAGCUAGCGCUAAGGAUGACGGGAAAUACUGGAUCGCGCAAAGGGUGACGGGAGAACUACUCCCGGAAGCGAGUGGAGAACGUACGUACCGCGGCGCGCUGACUUCGCUUUCAACUCCUUGGCCUACAGUAGUGCUGCUACCCUACAGGGGAUAGCGGCUCAGUUUACACAAGAAGGAAGCCAACGGCUCAGAUAUUGUUUCCAUUUACGCUGCGCGCGGCAGAAUAGCCCGGUAGCCAGAACUGUUUGUUAUUUGACACUGGCACUGCAUGUGUGCAUGUGAUUUUAGGAUAUUGUUGUGAAGUAAUAUGAAGCAUUUGCGCUAAAAGCGCAGCCUGGCGCUGAUCUGGGUACUGCAGCUCUCAGCUCACCUAGAGGGAGUGGCCGUCACGUGACCAACCUGGAAGUAAAGCACGGUUUGGAAAGAAAGAGGAACUUUUUCCCUUGUGUCGGUUUCUCCAGGCUAAAGAAUCUUCCCUAGGACACUUUAAGAGGAUGCAAGAAAACAUGAAUGGACUAAAUCUGGCCCAGCAGACUUAGGACAUCACCAGGAUACACCAGUGUGUUUGACAACAGCAAAACUACAGCAGAAAAACUCAUGGAUGAGAAAGAAAAGGAGCUGAUAGCAGUAGCUGGGCGAGGUGACGAGGACAGAGUUAAACAGCUCCUGGCCGAGGGAGUCAAUGUCAAUGCUGCCAACAACAACAAAUGGAGUGCUCUCCACCAUGCAUCCGAGCACGGUCACACAGGAACUGUACAGGCUUUACUCACAGCUGGAGCGAGAGUCAACGCCCGAACCGUCAAAGGAAACAGUGCUCUCCACUCUGCAUCCAUGAACGGCUACACAGGAACUGUACAGGCUUUACUCACAGCUGGAGCGACAGUCGAUGCACGAACCGUCAAUAAAUGGACUGCUCUCUACUAUGCAGCAAACUACGGCCACGCAGAAACUGUACAGGCUUUACUUACAGCUGGAGCAAGAGUCGAUGCACGAACCAGCAUGAAUGAGACUCCCCUUCAUCAUGCAGCAAAGAGAGGACACCCCAAGUGUGUCAGUGUACUGCUGAGGGCUGGAGCCAACACUGUUAUAAGGAACAAUGAUAAGAAGACAGCAGAAGAACUUGCAGUACAAGAGGAUGUGCAGCAGGUGUUCCAGGUGUUUAAAGCUCUCCAACCUGAAGUGGUGAAUGGCCUGCUCACUAUCAACCUCUACAGCAGAGGACUGACCUCCGUGCCAGCAGAGGUGUUCGAGGUCAGAGAUGUUGAAUGUCUUAUCCUGGCUGACAACAGGCUGAAGAGCAUACCUGAGGAGAUAGGGCAACUACAGAAGCUUCAAAGGCUUGAACUUAACAACAACCUGCUGACACAACUGCCCCAGGCAAUCACCACUCUACCUAACCUACAGAAUAUUGACUUGUCACACAACAAGUUGGAAACAUUGCCCGAUGGAUUCUCCAGGUUAAAACUUCAGCAUCUCAACAUCCAGAACAAUGUAUUCGAAGAGAUACCGGAAGAAGUCUGUUCACUUCUUCAACUCAGGUACUUGGGCCUGGGAGGCAACCCUCUCAAGGGUCUUCCUGACAAGAUAUCUCAGCUCAUAGAACUGCUAAGGCUUGAUAUAAAUGAUUGUCAGUUUGAUGAGUUCCCCAGACAGGUGCUGCAGCUGGAGGGUCUAGAGACGCUACUCAUGGGGAACUGGGCUGGGAAGGGCAAACCUUCGCUUGUACCUGAAGACAUCGGCAGACUGAAGAACCUUAAAGACUUACGCAUGGAGAAUAGUGGCCUGGAGUCACUGCCGGAUGGUGUUGGGGAACUGUCAGAACUGUUGGAGCUAGACAUUGCUGGAAACAUAUUCAAAUCAGUCCCUGAACAAGUCAUGAACCUGUCCAACAUCAGGGAGCUCAACUUGUCACGUAACAGGAUUUCCCGCCUUCCCUUGAAUCUGGGCCGAAUGACCCAAAUUAUGAACAUGUACAUUGGAGACAACCCCCUGACAUAUCCCCCUCCUGAUGUCUGUGAGAAAGGCACAGCUGUCAUCAUGGACUCCCUCAGAAGAGAGCUGAAGAAAAGGGAAGAUAAAGAACUGAGGAAGCUCUUCUCCCGUUUCUCGCAAAACGUGACUGAAACACAUGAGGUUGAAGAUCUGGCCGGAGCACUUGGGCUUUCCACAGAUGAGGCUUCAAAGACCCAAACACCAAGGUCCCAAGCCAACAAGGUGCUGUUGAAGUGGAUGGAGACAGACAGUGAAGCGUCCAUGGACAAGCUUCAGCAGGAGCUGAGCGACUUUGGCAUGGACCAGCUGGCACAGGAGGCAGGCAGGGUUAAGGCCCAGCCAGUUAAACGGCAGCUGGCAGAUACAUCAGGCGGGCCACCAGCCAAGCACCCGGCAGCCGGAGGGUCUUCUGGUGAGGGGCAUCGGGAGGAGCAGCAGACCAAGGAGAAGAUCAGACACCUGGCAGAACAGGCCAUGUUAACCCAGCAGCAGACCAAGGAGAUAAGCAGACAGGCAGAACAGGCCAUGUUAACCCAGCAGCAGACCAAGGAGAUGAUCAGACAGCUGCAGGCAAAACAGAAACUUGUACAGAUGCAGCAUCACAGUGAGACACAGGAGGCCAUGUCAACCCUGACUAAGAACCUUCCAGAAGAGCAGAAACUGAGAGGUCAAGUUGGGUUUCCUCGUGCAUCAGUGCCAACUGAAGUGGAGAUGGGAGGUCCAGAGAUGAUGGCUCUCUACGAGCAGGCCUGUAAAGACGGCACCACAGAUUACUACCACAUCAGGCUUAUACUGACUGGGAAACACGGAAAUGGAAAAAGCAGCUUGCAAAACAGCUUGCUUCAACUGGAGUUCAACAGGAAUGAGGAGAGCACUGAUGGCAUUGUGAUCACUCCAUGUCUCAUGACUGGGAAGGAACAGUGGAAAAUGACAAAAGGAAUGAAGGACCAUCAGUUUGCUCACGCUGUUGGCACGGAGAUGAAAAAGAUUCAAGAAAAGAAGAAGAAAGAGCCAAAAGUUCCCAAGAGAACAAAAGAAGAAAAGAAGACAACACGAGCCCCUGAGGUUAAACCUGACCAAGCCACCUCUACAGACCAAGCAGAUGAACCGCUGGAUAAGAAACCACCAAGAGAACAUUCUGCUAGAACGCAGGAGAUGGCAGAAAGGACAACUAGCCUAUCAGAGGACUAUGCACUGGCCACCCAGUUCGCUCGUGGCAAAGAUGACUUGUCCAGUAUCGUCGGAUCCAAGGAACAGCCCGCCAUGUCCAUCUGGGACUUUGCCGGACACGACGUUUACUACAGCAGCCACCAUGUCUUCUACAGCCAUUACGCCAUCUUCAUCCUCACUCUGAAUCUCACUAAAGCUCUCAGUGAUCCACUUGAGCCCUGGAGUGGUAGCUGUGCAGAGGCCCUGCAACUCAGAACAGAAGCAGAUGUGGCAGACUACCAUCUUGAGGCCAUUCGAGCACACACCAGACCAAACAAGUCUGCUGGUGAUCUGGAAGAAAACCAAGGCCGAGGGCCUCCUGUGAUUGUAGUGGGCACACACAAGGACCAAGUAAACAAGGGAGAGAUUGAGGACUUCUUCACCAAGUUCAGAGAUCAUCUAAGAGGAAAGGCCAUUGGCAAAGAUGUGUAUGACAGGUACUUUGCCAUUGACAACACCAAGCGUGACCUGGAAGAUCGAGAAUUGUCAGAUUUGAGAGAUGCAAUCUUCAAAGUUGCCCAAGAGCAAAACCACAUGGGCAGGAGAAUCCCCAUCAGUUGGCUGGAGCUGAAGUCCAAGCUCAUGGAAAUGGAGAAACAGGGUAGGAAGUACUGCAGCCUUCAGGAUGUGAUUGCUGCUACUGACCACUCUCGUGUACCAGAGGGAUUCACACCAGAGGAAAACACUGUCAUCAUCCUGAGGUUUUUCCAUCUGUGUGGAGACAUCCUCUUCUUCAACACCCCGGAACUCCGCAACUUUGUGAUCUUGGACCCGCAGUGGUUUGUGGAUGUCCAGAAAACCAUCAUCACCAUCCCCAAGUUUCGGGGUCUUAAAGUAAAACACAAAUGGGAGCAGCUUGAGGCUACAGGAGUGUUAGAAGACAGCCUCAUCAUGGACGUGUGGAAGAAGAAACAAGAGGAGCUCAAGUGUGACCUCAUUGCUCACAAAGAUGAGCUGCUGAAGAUGAUGGAACAGUUCGACCUGGUCCUCCAGUGCAGUCCUGAUGAGGCAGCUGCAAGCAGUUCAAGUUCAGAGUCCACCACCUACUUUGUUCCUUCACUCCUAACCACAGUCAAGGAAAGAGAAAGACUGUAUCCUAGCGGUACAAAAUGCAGCAAGCCUAUUUUUGUUGUCUUUGAUGAGAAGUUCUUCCCUGUAGGUGUAUACCACCGCCUUGUCAUUGCCAGUAUGCGUCGAUACAACAAGCGGAAGCCGCUGGCAUAUGCACGCUGUGCAAGGUUCAUCACGAGCAACCUAAAGCAGACCUUCAUCAUCACCAAGAAAGACCACUACCUGAAGGUGGAGCUGCUGUCAUCAGAGAAGGAAGGGUGUGCCUGCUUCAGCCAUGGGCCUGACAUCAGGAAAGGUCUGGAUGAAGACCUGAGGGAGAUCAUCAACAAGUGGAUCCCGGGCAUACGGUACAAGUGGUGCCUCCAGUGUUGCUGUGCUAACCACAAGGAUAAGGAGCUGGAUGCCAGCAGCUUUAUCCCAAUCACAAGUGUCACAGAAUGGUUCAUGGAUGGAGAAGUCGCUUGUGAAACCUUUGCACCUGCCACAACCACCAUUCAAGACAUCGGCCUGGCACAGUGGUUCCGAAACCUACAUGCUGGUCAAAGCAGCAGAACCAUGCAACAGGAAACAACUGCAUCAGUGGCGACAGAUGUCUUAUCUGUGGCAGAGUUUUUCCCUGCUGUUGUUGACAUGAAGCCACCGUGGGAAGAUCUUGGAAGAAAACUGGGCCUUUCCGAUGAUGACAUCGAGCAAAUCAGACAGAGACAGCAAGAUCACACAUCAUCAUCAUCAUCACACUGUUUGGCAGUACUGGAGAAGUGGCUGCAUCUCUCUGGGACCAACGCUUCAGUAGACGGACUGAAGAGAGCACUGGUUACAGCAGGGCAGGGUUCCAUCGCAGAGAAGAUAAACACAAUGAAACGGAUGAUGAGUAAACAGCUCCUGGAGUUGCAGAGCCAAGUGACCAGCAUUGUACGUGCCAACUUCCCCAACCUGGACUUUGUCCAAGCUGCGAGCAGGGAUGCAGACAAGGAGAGGGUACAGCUCAACAGGAAAACUCUCCGUGAGGAACUCUUCUCCAGUAGUUUCAACUAUAGCCUUUCCUCAUUUGUUUAUGAUGUUAUACAAGACAGAAAGCGGUCAGUGUGUCGUAUUGACUGGGCCGGGGGUUCUUUGGGAACAGGGUUCCUGUUGAGUAAGAGAAAGAUUCUCACGUGUUUCCAUGUGUAUAAAGACAUGGAUGCAGCCUCUGGAAGGUUCACUGAUUUAAGCUUGUUCACUGCAACAUUCUUUGUGUCUCCAACAGAGGAAUACAAAGUAAGGUUUCCUUCAACCACCCUCAAAUGUUCUAGUGACGAGUCUGGCCUCGACUAUGCCAUCCUGAGUUUGGCUGUAGAUGAUGAGAUAGCAGGUAUCAUAGACAGCCUGCCUUAUCUUGGGUGCUAUAUCUCGGACAGUGUAGACCAAAGAAACAUGGUGGUACUUGUUGGCCAUCCCUUCGGUGGGAGCAAGUUGGUUGACUUCUGUCCCAUCGCAGGGUUGGACCAACGCCACAUUAUCCAUGUUAAGUUUGGGAACCCUGAGUUUCCUCUAGAAGACCCACGCAAACCCACGUACCAUACAGGCAUUAUGUUCCACGGCUCCUCAGGCUCCCCAGGGUUUGACACGUAUGGUAAUGUAGCGCUCAUGCACACCCGGGGGUUCUUCCCGGACAGAGGCAGACAAAGCAUCAUUGAGCGUGGGGUUCUUCUGUCUGCCAUCAGAGAUGACGCGCGUCAAAAGCUGGCCCCUGAGGUCUUUAGUGAGAUUUUCUAAGCCAAAAACAAGAGUUCCGAGAUCUCAUACCUCCAUGAAAUAUGGGCUUACUUUCAUUGUCAUACUUCAU